AUGGAGAGAAACGACAUGAUAUACGUCUGGCAUCACAGCAGCGAUGCAGAGCCCGACCACUGCCUCCCAGACCUGUCCAAGAAGUACAACAUUCCCAACCUUACAGUACUCUCCAAAUACACCUACAAGUUAUACACAUCAUCACAGUGGGUAUGUGGCUACACUAAACAAGUAAUGGAAAACCCAAUUGACAUCGAGCACAACGACUAUGUGCAUGCGCAUUUCAUCAGGGGCGUGCUUAGCACAAAGUUUAUUGCAACAGGCGAUGGCACUGAGGACAGCCCGAUGGUCAUAUUGAUCGAGCUAUAUCUAUGUAACCGCAAAAUUACCACAAUGCAUCUGGAGCACAGGGUGUGCACACCGGCAUACGGCGAGUACCACGUCAAAUACAUCGGUAUACCAGGGGUCACGCAAGCGAUGUUACUCGUGUCGGGUAUAAGUUUGGCCCCCGAAAGGAUGCUCUUCAACACCCGAUUCCUGGGCACUCCUACCCUAUGGAAUCAAAUUAUAUGGGAUGAUGGUCCAAUCUGGAGCAAUCUAAACUGUCCAUCAAAGCCCAUAUUUACUAAAAAUGAUACCGUUAUCGCCCGCACCCGACGGAUGUUGACUAAGUUUUACGAUUAAUUACUAUUCUAUUUAUAUAAUGGC